AUGCCCGCCCUUCCGUCCUUCAUUCGCUCUCUCAUUCCUUCCAGCUCCCACUCCAGCUCCAACUCCCAGUCCCAACAGCCCCAGAACAACGACUCAACCCCAGGCUCAGACCAAGACUCAGACAUCAUCCCAGCCGGCACCGUCACUGUCGUCCAACAGCAACAAAUCCCCACCAUCAACGAGCCCUCCAACAGCCAAAUCCAAAUGGAACCCAUCGCCGAAUUCAGCAGCAUGAAGCCUCUAGCCCUUGACGCAGUGGCACGAGAAGAACCCAAAUCGGAGCCCUUCCCUCCCGUCGCUGCUCAGCCGAUGGAAAUCACCCUGGCCCCAGCUGCUGCCCCAAACACGGCUGCUUCAGCGGAAACUGAGAAGCAGGCAGAGGAAACCACUGGCGUCCAGAGAUCAAAGUCGAAGAGACUUAGCAAGACCAACGUGGGAGGUGCAGCAAACAAGGAGAGAAGUGAAGCUUAUAAUGCUUUUUGGAGGAAGUUAAUUGGGAUUUCGCCGAAGGCUGGUGCUGAUAAUAAGGGGAAGGGGAGUGCUGAGGGGGUUGCUGAUAGAGCUUAA